AUGGGCGUGGCGAGGGUCGCCGCCCAGUCCUCUGCACAGGACCGACCACACCGCCAUCCGCCGGCGCACCUCACUGGAGGCGCAGCUACCACGCGACUGCGAAUCAUGACGUACAACGUUGGCGGCAUGGCUUCGGACCUAUAUGACGUUUUGUCACAGUGGCUCCAGAGCCAAACACAGGCGGACGUGAUCUUCCUGCAGGAGCUCCACUGGGGAUGUGGGCGCACAGAGGGCAGCUGGAAAAUUGGAGGCUGGCAGGCAAUCAUCUCGGCAGAUCCAAGUGAUCGAUACAGUGGGGUCGGACGAGUUCUUCACGUACAGUGCAAACAGAGGGAGAAGACACUGGAUUUGGUCUCCGCUUACCAGUGGGUCUGGCAAGCUAACAAGCAGGCAGAGAUCGAGGCCAAGCGACAGCGAGUCUGGACGGCACUUGGCAACCUGCUGCAGCGCCUCCCUCAGAGGCAUCUUCUGAUCAUUGGAGCACAUCUCAACUCCAAUUGUUGCUCAAUCCCGGGCCUGGUUGGACGUGGGCUCCUCAGACAGGCGUGGCAACAUGCCGACCCGGAGCUUGCGGAACUCAUGAAGGGAAAUCGCUGGCGUGGAGUGGAAGAUCGCCUCACGAAGGAGGCGGGACACAUCGAUCUGGACCUGGCCCAUGAGAAUCUCCGGGCACCCAGACCAGUAGGCGUGCCGACCAAGGCGACUGAUGUCGAGAAGUUGGUGACGAUGGGAUGGCUGGCCCCUGGACCUCCAAUGGCGUGGCCUUUUCUCACAUGGGAUGCUGUCACUCAGCGAACCGUUGUUGACACGGCGAAGGAGCCGCUUUCGCAGGCUGAGGUGUUGGAGGACAUUGACAUCUUGCUUCGAGGAAGCGGUCAGGGGAACAAGCCUCAUCCCACUCGUCCUAUGGCUGAGGAGAUGAGAGGGGACAGCAUUGUCUUCUUAAUCCAAGUGAGUGCGGAAGGCGAGUCUGCGGCCAACAUGCGCGCCAGUCUCAAAGCCCUUUGCCAAAAUGCCUCCUUGCAGCUGGCCGCAUUCGCCUUCUUCAUCCGGGAUGCGUUCCACUUUUGGCUAGAUGCAAUAGUCUUCUGGCUGUGCAUCCUGAUGCAGGCGUCUGAUGUGCACGUGAAGUCGGCCUUGUGGACGGGCGCAAGGCUUGUGAUAGUGUGGUGGGCUGUGAUUCCAGAAGCCCUUCAUUGUGCAUUGCCAAUGACUUCAGAUGAGUGUGUUCCUGAUGGCGAGACGUCAACAGAUGGUAACUCGAUUGAUUGGGAGCUGAUAGCUGGCAUGGAUGCACCGGGGCCUCACUCAUAUGUUCUGGGUUGUGUGUACAUGGUUAGUGCGCUGCCCAUUACCUCGUACGAGGAGGACCUGAAGUAUGAGUAUGCCCAGCGCGAGACGUACUUGAUUCGGGGUGUUAGCGUAGAAGGGUUCAAUGUUCCGGACACUUGUCAUUGCGAGGCGAGUGCAUUUGGCAUGAUUUCCAGUGGUCAGGCGACUUGGGCGCAGCUUCUGCGCCUGAUUAACCUGCUUCCGGUUGACUCUCGGGAGCGUUGGACUCAGGAUCCCUCCGCCGAGUGUGCCCACCCUCCGAGGCGGUUCUCCAUAAGUGCGUUCAACUCUGGCAACAUGGCGGGCGUUCUGAAGCAUUCUCGCGAAUACCCGUGGGUUAGCAGGGCGCUUGCUGGGGUGGUUCGCACGUGGUGCCCGCAGAUGCGAUUCUCCUCGUGCACAUUGUCACUCAAUACAUCGGCGAUAGCAGAAACCUCCAAGGAUCGUGCAAUCUCUCGUUGCCAUGUUCAACCUUCGCUGGAGGACAAAUCUUUGUCGAGGACGAGGCGGGUUUUGACCCGGCUGUCGGACACUGGUCCAUGUGGGCACCUACUUUCAGCUCGGGAAGCUGUUCAGUUUGAGCCGCAUCGGAUUCAUGCCACAUUGCCUUGGUCUGGAACGAGGCUUCUCUUGCUGGCAUAUCACAUUGGUCAGCAUCGCAGUCUUAAGCCCGAAGCAGUGCAGUAUCUCCAGCAACAGGGUUUCAAUCUUGUGCAGCCGUCGUGA